UCCUUUUCUACACAACGAGAGUCCAACAUCAAACAUAUACAGGGGUACUCGGAAGGGGAAGGACCAAACAUCUUCCCCGCUCAAAACACACACACACACACACACACAAGCCUGAGUAACGAUGGCAGCUCUAUGUGGCAACCAUUCUCACUUCCACAAAACUGUAAAUCUGCACGAAUGGUGGCUAUUUUGGGCUGAGGAUGAGAAUCACGACAAGAAACUCGCGAUUGCUGGCUACACUUCCCGAGGUCAACGGCCUUUGAGAGUUUUCUCUUCUUCCCCAAUACUUAGGAGACAUGAUGUCUUCACUCUAGAAACCACAGACGGGAUAUACGUGACGAUCCUUGGUCUUAUAAAUAAAUCUCGCACAGAAGAAAAUGGCUUCCCUUCUGAGGUUUUUAAGUGUUUUUUCUUUGGAUUUCCUCCUCACUGGGAAGUGUGUGCUAGACAUUAUUUGGCUCAAGGCUUUCCUGAGAAUGACAUCUCAAGAGAGGAUGCUAGCUUGGACGGUUGCAGCUCUGCAAGUGAACAAAUAAAUGUGUUUACCAGGACUGAAGCUAGUGUCAGUGUUGCCAAUUCAAACUUAGCACUGGAUCAAGACCAUAUAGCAUGUAUGAUUCGAGAAGGCUCAAAGGAUCAUAAUGAAGCUGUCAGGAUCCUUACCAGGGCCCAUGCAGCGAAGGACACAGACCAGAGGAAAACCCUUGAUGUUGAAAAAGAAAGCAUAAUGAAGGAAAAUACAGCUAGCAAAGAAGCUAGUGUUAGUGUUGCCAAUUUAAACGUAGUACUGGAUGAAGAACAUAUAGCAUGUAUGAUUCGAGAAGGCUUAAAGGAUCAUAAUGAAGCUGUCGGGUCUGCUGCGAAGGACACAGACCAGAGGAAAACCCCGGAUGUUGAAAAAGAAAGCAUAAUGACGGCAAAUACAGCUAGCAAAGAAGCAAGCACAACAGGGAAAAAGACUUGCACUGAUGCCUCAAGAAGGUUCACGGAAAGUUCAAAGAUGUCUGACAAAGCUGUUAAAUGUCGUACUAGGUCAGGUGGUGCAAGGAACACAGAUCGCAGGAGAACUGCAACUGUUAAGAAGGAAAAUCAUUUAAUAGAAAAAGCAGCUUCAAAGGAAACAAGCACAGGCGAAAAGAAUACCAAAAGAGAAUUAACAUAUUUAGGAAGUCCGGUGACCCCUAAAGCUGAUAUAAAAACAUCUAUUAUGUCACCAGAAUUGUCGAGUGUAAAACGGUCGAGAUCAGGAAGAAUACUUCUUCCAACCUUGGAAUACUGGCGUAAUCAAACUGCUAUAUAUGACGCGGAACAUCAAGUUAUAGGAAUCAAAGAUAGCAUUCCAUGUACAGCUGAGGUUAGACAUGAACCAAAGAGAUCUGAAGGAAGGGCACGAAGUAAAAAACAUCCUAAUGCUGCAACGGAGAAAUUGACACGUGAACCGAAAAGACCUGUAGGGAGGCCACAAAGUAAAAUAGAUCCCAAUGCUGCAACGGAGAAAUUGACACAUGAACCGAAAAGACCUGUAGGGAGGCUAAGAAAAAAUCUUGCUGCUGCAAAGGAGUUCAAGAGUUCAAGGAGGAGAUGAAUUAACAUUCGUCCCAAACUGAUAACAAAUAUCUAGACCACGCACCUGCAAGAACUGGAAUCUUAUAUGCAGAUAGAGGCACAACUUAGUGCUGGAGAUCCGUUUGGUGCAGAUAAUGGAGAUGUUUUAGUGCUAUAUUAGUUAACCUUUGAAGAUGAAUCAAGUGGCAGACUCACUAUUUCUUUUUCUCGAGGAGGGUUUGUUAUGUGGUUUUGGUGCAACUUUGUUGAUCUUUUGACUGUAAAGUUUUAGAGUUGCAGUCCCAAACUGACUUUUUUUUCCAGAAAGGAGUCAUUAUUUCAAGAUAAAAAAGUAUAUAUUUAUA